UUUUUCACGCCACUUCAAUACAAAGUGAUUAACGUAGCAGGUUAUGAGAGUAAUAAAAAGUAACUUCGGUAUCGAAGUGGCGUGAAAAGAGUUUCCCAUUUCCACACGUUUUGAUUGGUCUUCUGCCCGGUGAUUUACCAAAGCUGCCCAGUGAUUUACCAAAGCUUUCUUUUGUGUGAAAUUCUAAAUCACGUUAUUGCACGAGAUGCACUAAAUGUUAAACUGCAUGUUCUCCCUCACAGCAGUUUCUAAAGUAGUGACCUAAUUAAACGUUUGAGAUUUAAAUGAUUUCCAACAUAAUAUGAUUUUCACUUAGCUAGAACUAAAACAUUUUCAGCCUACCGUCUACCGCUACUAUAUUAUCUAAGUUACCGACUGAUAUGUUUAUCAGAUCCAUGUAUUUAUUUUCUAUAUAAAUGGCUCUGUUGUUUAUCUUUUUGGACUACUGCACUCUCCAUGAUUGGUCAAAAACCUAAACGUCAUCAAGCUAGCUAAGUUUGGCGCGAAUUUCGAUAACGCUGCUCUCUGAGGAGAAUCUGCCUGUAACGUUAGCUAUCUAGCAGCUGACAUCAACCCUUUUAUUGAUCAAUCUGAUCUUUUUACGUUCUACACCAGGUUCUAGACACCAAAUUGCAAAACAAUAUUUCUGCAUGAAUUGAGGAAAGAUGUUUUACUAUCCAAACGUUCUUCAGAGGCACACCGGUUGCUUUUCCACUAUUUGGUUGGCAGCCACCAAAGGGAUCAGGAUAACACGCAGAGAGCUUCUGAGGGUCAACGUUGGGCGGACAUGUGAUGACAUCAUGGAUUACGUGACGGUCCAGGUGGCUCCACUCUGCCCUGGUCUCCCUCGGCCUCGCUUCUCCCUCUACCUGUCCUCCCAGCUGCAGUAUGGGGUGGUUAUCGUCUACCACCGCCAGUGUGGUUUCCUUCUGGAGGAGAUCCAGCAGACCAUUGAGCGCCUGGUACGCUCUGAGAGACACGCACGCAUCGACCUGGCUGAGCCUGACAGACAAGCCCCAAAUGUCCCAGACUCGCUGUUCCUGCUGGAGGAGGCCGAGGGGGCACAGGACCCCUUCUUUGGGGUGAUGGGCUUUGAGCACCUGCUGCCUAGUCCCUAUAGGAUCCCUCAGGUAUACAACCAUUUCUACACAAUUUUUACCUAGUUAACUCAUUUCCAACGGUAUGUCACUACAAAAAUGUGUUUCAAAUCCCCUCCUGAUGCCAUUACCCUGAAAGAGAAGGAGCAGCUUGUCAUCGUUGCUGCUGAGUUUGAAGGAGCUGAGCUUCCUGAAGCCACUGGCAAAGAGAUUGACAUGCUUCUGGAGCAGCAGGACCAAUUCUAUGACGGUGAGAGAAGAGAGGGAGAGCUGAAGGUGUCGGUGGUGGUGGGGGACAGUGUGUGGCUGCUGGACGAGGAGACCGGCCUGCCCGUGGAGGUGCCGUUAGAGGUCAUUCCCAUGGAGAUGACCCCCCCUCAGGUGGCCAUGCCCUCUGCCCCAGACACCUCCGAGAGAGAGGGGGAGUCAGCGAGUCAGUCAGAGAGGGGGACGGAGAAAGCGGCAGAAAGCUCCUGUGGCGAGCUCCCCCAUAUAGACGCUCCUCCUCCUAAGAGGCGGGGUCGCAGGCGCCAGCUCAUCUUUGCCGACCCUCAGGUGCAGAUCUCCCAAGAUACCAUGCGGGUGCAGAUCGAGGACACCAAGGCUGAGACUCAGCUCCUGUCUCAGGUGCUGAUAAACUUUCCUGCCCAGAAGAAGCUCCUCCCAGCAGAGCUCUACACUGCCCCUUCUGGCUCUCUCCUGCACCCUGACCUCCUGUUGCUAUGGAAACAGUGCGCCGUCCUCACUACGCUUCCUCGCACCGGAGAGAGAGGCAGAGAGGAGGAGACUGAGGAGGAGGGCAGCUCCGAGAUGGAGAGAGUGAGGAUAGAGGUGGAGAGGAAGAGGAUGGACUCUAGCAUGCGAGAGAUCCCACGAGAGUUGCUGAAAUCAGGAGGAACAGCCCCAUCUGAAGCAUCAGGUCAACUCCGAGGCUCUUCUAGACGUGCCAGAGAGCACAAAUCCCUCGAGCAGAUUACCCCUGUCAGCAGAUGGUCUCCUAUGGAAGAAGCCCCAGUGCCUAUGGAGGCUAUAGAAGAGGAACAUGUGGCUCUACCAGACAGAGAAGAGGAGACAGAAGGUAGAGAAGUCACUGCAGAGGGCCUGUUGAGUGUGGUGUCCUCGUACCUCCUGAGGUUUGGGAAAGUCACCUUUUACUCUCUGUUGCCCCUGGAGGUAGACCGUACUACUGCAGCCCACAUUCUCUCCAAACUGCUAGAGCUGGUGUCUGCUGGGGACCUUGCUGUAUGUCAGGCUGAACCCUACAGCCCCAUCACCAUCAUCCCUGGACCACUCAGCACCGUGCAGGCCUGAGGAACCCAGAGGAUGUCUCCACCAGCGUUCGACUUGGACAGGAUUUCACCGCAGCUGAGUACCGGCACCUCAAAUGUUCUACUGCUUGAGCUCCUGUUCCUCUUAUGGAAUAUUAGCUUAAAAGUAUUGUGGAGCUCCUGCACCUAAUUAUAAACAGUACCCAGCACCCAAAACGAGUACCGGCACCUAUUUCAGUCCAAGUUAAGCAGUGGUCUCCACACGCACGGGAUGUGUGCGGCCAUACUUUUAUAACAGAGUAAUAAUGUUCAUGUCCCAAAUAUCGUUCAUACGAGAUCACCACCUCAAACUGAUUUGUAGGACACACCCAAAACGAUGACCUCUUGGAGUUAACAUUUUUAUAACAUUUUUUAUAACCUUUAUAAGUGAAACCUUUUUAUAAGAAGUGAAAUUACUGAAGGGAAAAGCUAUUAAUGUUACUUUUUAUUCAAAGUUGGUAUUUUUUAAAUAGCAUAUUUAUUAUUCAUAUUUAAUACUGUAUCUAGCAGAUAUUUUUAUUCUAAUUUAUUUGUCAACUGUCAUGCAAGUUGAUAUUGUUAACAGUUUUUGUUUAACCUUUUGUGUGUUUUGUAUCUUAUCAAUUGUGGUAUGAUGUUGCUCUGUUCUUACGUUGAAGCAUUUAUGAGAUGUCU